ACAAGAAUACACAAAAAAUGUCAAAAACGAAAGGACACACAGCCAGAAUCUAAAAGAUUUCCCGCGUCGGCGUGGGUAGGGCGGGAAAUGCUAACCGGACAUGAGAGCUUGCUUCGGUUGAUCGGAAAACGCCGCCGAUCACUCCCCAACCGCCAGAAUCUUCUCUCCGUUCCUACUCCGAACUCGUUGAAUCUCGAUGUCAACGACUCCGGCAAUGACUCGAGCACAUUCUCUGGUGUGUUAUCAACUAAGAAAGCUUCUGUCUUUUGCUCAUCUUCUUCGUUGCUUAGCGAUUCUGAAAUCACUUUGUCCACAGAUGAUUUGAGUCUAUCAAGAAGGAAGAAGAAGAAACGGAGAUUAACUCAGACCACUCUUCUUCAGUGGUCAGGUUCGAAACAAUCUGAAGAUACUCUUUUCAUCCAUACCCAGCACCACCACCAGCAGCAAUCAAUACUCGACUGCAAUCUUGAUUAUGAUGAUGGCUCAUGUAGUGAGGAGGUUUCGAAAACUGUGGCUGCUUUAGAUGAAGCCAAUGGUGGUGAUGAAGCUAUUCAUACCUUUAUAGUUGGUAGGAAGUUUAGUGAUGUUCAGGUUUUAGAAACUGGGGCAAAGAUCUCUCUUUUGAGACACCCUCAGAACAUCAAGGAUCCCAACGCUAUUAAGGUUCUUUAUGCAGAGUCCGAGUUGUCUGAGAUGCUUGGGUAUCUACCCAAAGAUGUUUCCCAGUGCUUGUCCCCGCUUAUCGACGAGUAUGACCUUAAGUUUGAGGGAACAAUAACUUCUGUUCCUAAGAAUUCUUCUGAAGCUGUUCCUAUUAAAGUUGUUUGUCACAAGAUGACAUCUGAUGGUUGGAAAGAAAGUGAAUCUGCUGGUGAAGAUUUUAAGCUUCUGUGGGAGAAAUUUCUUCAGGUUGUUGAGCAUCAGAUGCAGUUUCCUCCUAAAACGACGAGAUACCAAUUGAACUUCAACGUGUUGGUACAAGAGGUUCUCAGAAGCUGCUCUCACCUAUUUACAGACGAUGAAAAGGCAUUCUUGGAAUCCUUCCCAUCUCUUUCAGAAGAUAGCCAGAGACUUUUCAUCCGUCUUUACACACGAAAAGUACCUUGGUUCAGGCUAUCAAAUAUUUCAUACCCUGAGGUAUCUGAUUCUCUUCAAGCUCUGAAAGAUCUAACAGUUAGGGGAUUCAUGACUUCAGUGGAAGACGCAAAUGAUCUAAGUUACCAAAUGAUGAAGGAGAUCACAGAGUUGCUUAACGUCACUGAACUGCGUGAUAUCUUAUCUGUAAACAAGGUGAACAGCCGCAGUUCAAGAAAGAGAGACCUUAUAAAUUCACUUUGUUCUUAUUACAAUGAUGGAACGAGGAUGAAUAUAGGAACAAUGAUUCUGGAAAGAACAGGACUAUGUGCUAAGAUAUCCAGUACAGCAGAAACUCUCAUAUGGCGUGUUGAGAGACUUUUCUUUCUCAACGGGGAGCAAGAUCUAUCCUCUUUUGUUCUGCUGGAUCUUGGUAUUAUCAAAUAUCCAACUUACAAGUGCAUUGACUCAGAGCAGAUAUUUUCAGACCGGACUAAGCUAUUAGCAUAUGAAGAGGCCAUUGAAGUGGCUCAGUUGAUGGAUGAGUCUCUUGACAGUGAGGAUUCUGGGACAGUGUUGAACUGCAUCAGGAUUGCUGAGACCCGCAUAACUAGUUCAUCUUCAGAACCUGCUCUCCUAGCAGCUUUUAAUUGCUUUACAGCUCCAUGGGUUUACUCAAAGAUGGUUCUUUUAGGAGUCUCCUUUCUUGAGAACCAAAAGAGGUAUAACCAAGCAGUUCAUCUACUGAGACGGCUGCUUAGUUGCUUCAGCUGUGACGGGAGACGAGGAUACUGGACAGUCAGGUUAUCAACAGAUUUGGAGCACAUGGGACGUCCAAACGAGAGUCUUUCAGUAGCAGAACAAGGACUAUUGGAUCCUUGGGUGCGUGCUGGUUCAAGAAUAGGUUUGCAAAGACGCAUUCUUCGUCUAGCAAAACCUCCAAGACGCUGGAAACCCCCCACCUUCCCAAAUCUCAACGACAACAAGAUCCCUGAGGUCACCAUUCAAGGGAGAUCACUGAACUGUGAAGUUGGCAUGAAAAACAGGUUUUAUGGAGAAGACGGAGAGCAGUGCGGAGUUGAGAAGCUCGCAUUGCAGUAUUACAAUGGAGAAGGAGGAGGAUGGCAGGGGAUGCAUACAGAGAAUAGCAUCUGGUUAACCAUUUUUGGGCUUCUCAUGUGGGACAUUCUGUUUUCUGACGUCCCUGGUGUCUUCCAAACCCGGUUCCAGACUGCUCCACUGGACUUAGAUACUGAAUCCUUCUAUCUAACCAGGAAGGAAGCAAUAGAGUCACAGCUCGAGAAAGUUGCAAACGGAAUGGCUGAAGAGAUACUCAUCAUCUCAUAUGAAACACACCGUGGAACAGCGUGCAGAGGAGUGGCGUGGGAGCGGUUUUCGUUAGAGGAACUGAGAGCAGCGGUGGCUUGUGUUGGAGGCAAGUGUGUAGCAUCGCUUUGCCGAUAUCUAGCUCAAGACUACAGGAGCUGGUGCAGUGGAAUGCCUGAUCUGCUUCUGUGGCGGUUCAAGGAGAAUGGUUAUGAAGGUGAAGCUAAGCUUGUGGAAGUAAAAUCAGAGAAAGAUAGGUUAUCAGAACAGCAACGUGCUUGGCUUCUGCUUCUAAUGGAUUCAGGCUUCCAUGUUGAGAUUUGCAAAGUAAGACCUGCUUGUGCUUAAUUAAAGCUUAUACAUGGUUGAUUUAUCAUAAUUAACACAAUAAAACAUGAUUUGUUGUAUCGUGAUUAAUCAAGCAGCAUCUUUUUUUUUUCUUGUACCAUAUAAUGAAAGAAUCUUUAUAAUU